UUCAAAGUUCAAAGGGCUCUCUCACCACUGGCAGAGCACACCCCAGUACUACUACCAACCCACCUUUCCCCUCUCUCUUGCACUCUCUCCUAUUCUCUCAUGGCGUCUCUGCAACUUUACUCUUUCUACAUUUUCUUCUUCUCCUGCUUUUGUUUCUUUAACACCCUCUUUGGAUCAUCUUCAGACGUAGAGCUUGUACUGGGAAAGAUCAAACCUUCACUCGAAGGAGGUGAAGAGAAUAUGUUGCUCUCUUCGUGGAACACUUCGGUUCCUCUCUGUCAAUGGAGGGGACUCAAAUGGAUCUUCUCUAAUGGCACCCCUCUUAAAUGUGACGACGUCUCAUCGCCUGAACGGACCAAUGUUUCGCUGUUUAGAGACCCAGCUCUGCAACUUAUAUCUCUUCAGCUCCAGGGAGCUGGUCUCUCCGGCGAAAUCCCCAGAGAAAUCGGUGAGCUCUCGUCGUUGCAGAGUCUGUACCUUGGUGUUAACUCACUCAAAGGAAGCAUCCCACUUGAGCUUGGGUAUAGCUCUUUGCUCUCCGAUAUUGAUUUAAGCGGUAAUUUCUUAAAUGGGUCUUUCCCUCCUUCGAUCUGGAAUCUCUGCGAUAGGCUUGUUACACUUCGGCUUCACGGUAAUAAUCUUUCGGGUUCUCUUCCUCAACCUACACUACCCAACUCGACUUGUAGGGAUUUACAGGUUUUGGAUUUGGGAAACAACAGCUUUUCGGGAGAAUUUCCGGAGUUUGUAACUAGAUUUCAUGCUCUAAAAGAGCUUGAUCUUGGGAGUAAUAAGUUUUCUGGUUCGAUUUCGGAGAGUCUGACUGGAUUAAGUCUUGAAAAAUUGAAUCUUUCUUACAAUAAUUUUUCUGGGGUUCUGCCCACUUUCGGGCACUCGAAGUUUGGAGCCGGGGUUUUUGAAGGAAAUAAUCCUGGGCUUUGUGGGUCUCCUCUGGAAGAAUGCAGGGGAAGCUCCGGCCUGAGCUCCGGCGCCAUUGCUGGAAUUGUGAUCGGACUGAUGGCGGGCGCUGUGGUUUUGGCUUCAGUACUAAUUGGGUAUGUACAAGGGAAGAAGAGGAGGAACAGGGGAGGAGAUGAAGAUGAGAUAGAGGAAGGAGAAGAUGAGGUGAACGGUGGCGGUGGAGGUGGUGAAGGCAAGCUUCUAUUGUUUCAGGGCGGCGAGCAUUUAACAUUAGAGGACGUAUUGAACGCUACUGGUCAGGUAAUGGAGAAAACGAACUAUGGAACCGUUUAUAAGGCUAAACUCGCUGAUGGAGGAACCAUUGCUCUCAGGCUGUUGAGAGAAGGUAGUUGCAAGGAUAGAGGGUCAUGUUUACCCGUGAUAAGGCAACUUGGCCGAGUCCGCCAUGAAAAUCUUGUCGCACUCCGAGCUUUCUAUCAGGGACAGAGAGGGGAGAAGCUCCUCAUUUAUGACUAUCUCCCCAAUAAGACUCUCCACGAUCUUUUACAUGAAACCAGAGCUGGGAAGCCAAUGUUGAACUGGCCUCGUCGGCACAAAAUUGCACUUGGAAUAGCUAGAGGACUUGCGUAUCUGCAUACAGGCAUGGAAGUACCCAUAACCCACGGCAAUGUGAGAACAAAAAAUGUCCUCGUAGAUGAUUUCUUUGUGGCCAGGCUGACUGAAUUCGGGCUAGACAAGCUAAUGGUACCUUCAGUUGCAGACGAAAUAGUUGCAGCUGCAAAGAUUGAUGGCUACAAGGCUCCUGAGCUACAGAGGAUGAAGAAGUGCAAUUCAAGGACAGAUGUAUAUGCGUUUGGGAUACUUCUGUUGGAGAUUUUGAUGGGGAAGAAGCCUGGUAAAGACAUCCGUAGUGGGGAAUUUGUGGACCUACCUUCAUUGGUGAAGGUGGCAGUGUUGGAGGAGACGACAAUGGAGGUUUUCGACGUGGAGGUGUUGAAGGGAAUCAGGAGUCCAAUGGAGGAUGGCUUGGUUCAGGCAUUAAAACUUGCAAUGGGUUGCUGUGCUCCAGUGGCUUCGGUCAGACCUACAAUGGAUGAAGUUGUUAAACAGUUGGAAGAGAACAGACCCAGGAACAGGUCUGCUUUGUAUAGCCCAACUGAAACAAGGAGUGAAAUAGGUACUCCUUUUUAAGCUUUCUUUCACUAAAUUUCAACAUAUCUUGAGUUUCUUUCAUUCUCUCCAAUGAAAAAAGCUUGGUGAUGAUGCUUUAUGAAUUAAAGUUGUGUUUCUCUAAAUGGGGGAACUGCUACAUAACCUUGUUCUAGUUCAAUGGCAUUUCCCCUUGAAUUAGUGAGUUGUAAUGUUAUUGACUGUUAGAAAGUUCCAUACAGUACUUGCAUAUGCA